AUGGCAGAGGUGUCAGCAUCAAAAGCUCCUAGUUCGUGGUAUUCUCACCCAGUAUAUGCAAUAUACUGGCGACAUUAUCAUCAGGCAAUGGUUUGGAUGCGAAGCCACCAGAAUGCCUACAGGAAGGCAGUGUGGUCCUAUUUCAGCUCUCUGUGGUACUUUGCUCCUGGAGUUCAGCCCCAAAGUGCUUAUGGGGAGGCUGGGUACCCGCAGUUCUCCUAUGACCAUUGAAUGGCCUCGCAGGACUUCCACUGCAGUGAUCCACAUUUUACAAGUUACAGGCAACUUCCUUAUGACAGCAGUAGGAGCCAGGCCUCCUAAGGAGAAGAACAAAGCGUGGGAAGAGGAGAGGAAGAGGGUGAGACUGAGUCAGACAGGGAGGUAGAAUGUGACCUGAGCAAUAUGGAAAUCACCCAGGAGCUGCGCCAGUGCUUUGUAACGACUGAUCAGCACAGAGCAGAACGAUAGCGGCAAGACAGCGGCAACAGCAGCUGGAUGCAGCACCUGGAUGACUAUGUGAAUGCUGACCAUGACCUCUACUACUCGCACCGGCCAGUAGAGCCCCCAGUGGAAAGGCCUGGCAAGCGGCAUCAGGCCGAGAUGAAACUGCUGUACGGGGAGGCUGCCGCCAAGAUCCAAGCCAUGGAGGUGGCUGUGCAGCUGAGCUUUGACAAAUACUGUGACAGGAAGCUGUCCAAGUACUGGCCGGUCAUUCCCCUCAAGUUCUGAGCCUGGGUCGCAGGGAUGCCAGGUGGGUGCCUGCUGAACAGAGUCCCCAGCCUCACACACUCCCCACCCCUUCAUUUUGAAUACCCUCUCUUCAUCUCUGCUCCUAUACAUCCUUAGGGAAGGGCAUUAGACUGAGUCCAUGCUUAGUCACCAAAGUCCCCAUGGG